AUGAGCCAAAUUGAGGAUUUACAGCGCACAGCCGAUGCACAUUCUUCUGAAGUAAGCCCCACUGUGUUCAACGUGGCUUCAUCCCAGGUCAUUCCCACGGGGGAGAAACCGUUCGCCUGCGCCAAAGGCGGGAAACGCCACACCAGCAGCGCCAACCUGAGGUACCACUUGCUGAAGUUCCACUCAAAAGAACGGCUCUACCAGUGUGGAGAUUGUGACAAGAGUUUCUGGCGCAAGUCAGCCCUAACGUACCACCAGAGGAUCCACACUGGCGAAUGGCCCCAUAAAUGUACCGAGAGCGGGAGCAGCUUCUGCUACAAGAAAACCCUCACAAAACAUAUGGGGACUCACACAGGCGAGAAGCCCUUUUCCUGUGUCGAGUGUGGGAGAAAGUUCACUACCAAGUGCAGCCUCCAGUCUCAUCAGAAAACCCACAGGGGCAAGAAACUAUUCAAGUGCAGGAACUGUGGGGAAAGCUACUGA